GUUGGGAAUAAGCGAUCUUAAAGCUGAGUGGAGCAACUUUUCCAACUGCCUUACCAGUCAACGGGCUGACCUAUGCUAAGCUAACCCGCUAGCCAGUGCAGUUGGAAUUCCUUUAAAAGUCCACUAUCGAGCAAGCGAACUGUCCGUUACACUUUCUGAUACGGUGACUAAAUGAUAUUUUCAGGCGACUUUCAAAGACAAACCUUUCCUUCGGUGCUUCACUUUACUUUAUCGCAGUGGACGGUGCAGGUGCACCUCUUGCGGCACCUGCGACAACUUGGUAACUUAGCUCCAUCGGUAGAGAGCUAACUUUAGCCCGUUCACAUUAGCAUUAAGCAGAUGAGCUGUUGACUAAUGUUAAUAUUCCCCUUGUAGCUGAGAUUAUUUAGAUAUUUUGAUUUAAAACAACACUUUCUAACUUUGUAUUCGUAUGUAACCGUCAGCCCACACAGUGGUGACAUUAGCUAAAACUAUUUCGGCUAAGCGUAGCCAGCCGCCUCGCUGGCUAGUUACUGACCCUCACACAGUUGAACCGGAGUGGCGACGUGGAUAACGUUACGGGGCUGUAGACGCUCACUCUCCCUCAGGACUUUGGACACGGUGUGACUCUGUCGUGGGCUGUGCGGGGAAUUCCCCUCCGUUCUCAUCAGCUAGUCUGGUAGAUGUGACAGCAUGAGAAUUUCAAAAAGUUCCCUUUUACGGUUUUAAAGUUUUCAUUUUGUUCUAAAAGCUCUGCACCCUAUGGUGCCGCUACGGCCACCGAGAAAUGAAUGUCUCGCAGGCCGCUUUCCCAAACGGUGAAGGGCGGUCGGGCGGCGGUGGGACCGGGGAGCAUGCCUGGACAGACACCCCCACGGUUCGGGCGUGGGCUCACUCUGCCCCGCUGUGCCCUACUCGGUCCCUGUGGACAGCCGCGUAUGACUAUGAGGCAAGUGGCGAGGACGAGCUCAGCCUCAGACGAGGGGACGUGGUGGAGGUCCUGUCCAAGGACGCAGCGAUCUCCGGGGACGAGGGAUGGUGGACGGGUAAAAUCAACCACCGGGUCGGGAUUUUCCCCUCCAACUAUGUCACCUACCAGCCCGCUAUUUACCGUCUCCCCGCUACUAGUGGGUCGGUCGGGGUGCCAGAGCGAGUCCCGAGCUCGCCCGUCCAGAUUCCCUUCAGUGAACUGGUACUAGAGGAGAUCAUAGGCGUGGGUGGAUUUGGCAAAGUUUACCGGGGCACAUGGAAAGAUCAAGAGGUUGCCGUGAAGGCUGCUCGGCAAGACCCGGACGAGGACAUAACGGCCACCGCCGGCAGUGUUAAACAAGAAGCGAAACUUUUCUCCAUGCUGCAGCACCCCAACAUUAUUAAACUGGAAGGAGUGUGUUUGGAGGAGCCCAACCUGUGCCUGGUCAUGGAGUAUGCCCGAGGCGGGACACUGAACCGUGUGUUGACCGGAAGGCGCAUCCCUCCACACAUCCUGGUCAACUGGGCCGUGCAGAUUGCACGCGGGAUGCACUACCUACACGAGGAGGCCGUGGUACCCAUCAUCCAUCGAGACCUGAAGUCCAGCAACAUUUUAUUACUUGAAAAAAUUGAGAAUGACGACAUCGGGAGGAAGACCUUGAAGAUCACAGAUUUCGGCUUGGCCAGGGAGUGGCACAAAACUACAAAAAUGUCAGCUGCAGGAACCUACUCCUGGAUGGCCCCAGAGGUCAUAAAGUCAUCUCUCUUCUCCAAAGGCAGUGACGUGUGGGGCUAUGGGGUGUUGCUGUGGGAGCUGUUGACAGGGGAGGUGCCGUAUCGUGGGAUAGACGGCCUUGCUGUAGCUUAUGGUGUCGCAGUCAAUAAGUUAACUCUACCAAUUCCCUCCACUUGCCCUGAACCCUUCGCCAAGCUCAUGGAAGAGUGCUGGGACCAGGACCCCCACGUGCGUCCCUCCUUCUCCUGCAUCCUGGAGCAGCUGUCGGCCAUCGAGGAGGCGGUGAUGGCCACCAUGCCCCAGGACUCCUUCCACAGCAUGCAGGACGACUGGCGUGUUGAGAUCCAGGAGAUGUUUGAUGAGCUCAGGACCAAAGAGAAGGAACUACGUUCCAGAGAAGAGGAGCUGACGCGGGCCGCCCUCCAGCAGAAGUCUCAGGAGGAGCUGCUGAAGCGUCGGGAGCAGCAGCUGGCUGAGCGGGAGAUCAACGUGCUGGAGAGAGAGCUCAACAUCCUUAUUUUCCAGCUCAACAAAGACAAGCCCAAUGUGAAGAAGAGGAAAGGCAAAUUCAAACGUUCCCGCCUUAAACUGAAGGACGGAAACCGCAUCAGCCUGCCUUCGGACUUCCAGCAUAAGAUCACCGUGCAGGCGUCGCCUUCAAUGGACAAGAGGCGAAGCCUUCAUAGCACCAGCUCCUCUCCUCCCAGCAGUCCCACACUUAUCCCCCGGCUGCGAGCCAUUCAGCUUACUCAAGAUGAGAGCAACCGUACAUGGGGCCGCAGCUCCCUCUUCAGGCCAGAGGAGUUCGAUGACGUGAAAAAGGGAAUCAAGAAGAAAGGAAGGACCUGGGGCCCCAGUUCAGUACAGAGCAAAGAAAGGCCUGCUGCUGCUGAGAGAGUGCGUCCUCUGUCAGACGGCAGUAACCCCUGGUCCACCAGCCUGGUCAAGUCCCAGAAGUCUGUCCCCCUGGCUGCCCUGUUUGCUGAACAAGCUGGUGCCGGUAAAGACGAGGCGUUCUCCCAGGAAUGUCCUGACAGCAGCUCCAAGCCAAAGCAGCUCAAGUUCCCCAACCAGGUGUACAUCGAUCUACCUCUGUGGAGGGACGAGCAGCAGCCUCAGAGCCCCGGCGGGCAUUGCGGGCCGGGAGAUCCAGGGGUCGGGGCAGGAGGUCAGGGUGGCUCACCGGAGACCGCAGACGACCCCUACACCACCACGUCCACCUCGUCCACCUCCACCACCCCGCAGCUCACCCCCACCAACAGCCUGAAGCGGACGCCGGCUCGCCGCAAGACUGACUCCGUGCUGUAUGGCUGCGGCUCGUUGCUGGCUUCAGUCGUGCUUGGUUAUGACAUUAGGGAGGCUCUCAAAAAUGCAGCCCCUGGGGACGAUUGCGAGCCCCCGCGUGAGGAGAAAGAGAGGAAGAAGAAGGAGGGCCUGUUUCAGCGUGCGACCCGGUUCCGCCGCAGCACCUCGCCGCCAAGUGGUCGCUCCCGCAAAGACGAGGCGUCAUCAAACCACACCUCCACCCAACCGGUCAAUCUCAUCUCCAUGUCAGCCAUAAUGGAAUGCAACUCCACCAAGUGCCUCUUACAGUCUGAGGCGGAGGUGUCAGAGUCCAGCCCAGGGAAGGUCGAGCUCAUGGCUGUCAAUCAUCACACAGAGCCACCCAGACCCAGUCCAGCAGCUUCUACAGAGGGCCAGAGUAACAGGACUGCAGCUAACACACAGACACCAGUGCAAACCCAAAGCCAGCCACCGGAGCAGAGCAACCACAACACAGGAACACGUCUGCGCAGGAAGAAAUACACCACCAACCACAACACUAAUGGCCCCCCCACUCUGCCUCCUCCAGCCACACAGAAGAAGCAGGAGAAAGAGAAGGACGGAGCAUCAGAGAAGUCCUCUGGUGGUGAGGCCUUCUCCAGACCACGACCGGUGUCGUUCCGGGCCAAACCCCACGCCUGGGCCCUGCUGCGAGGACGCAACAAGAGCUACUCCCUGGGCCACUACUCCGGAGAGAAGACGGCACAAAACCUGAACGUAGUGCUGUCCUCGGAGGUGGGGGUGGGCUGCUCCCUGCUGGACAUGGACACAGAGGGCCAGAAACGAGACUGCACCGUGCCGCUGUGCCGCAUUCAGAGCUCCCCGGCACGGCCCUCGGUCUUCGAGCUGGAGAAAGAGUUCCUCUCUUGAGAAGUGAUCUGCUGUGGUCACAGUUCUUUCUAUACAAUCUAGAGCGUGGCCUCAAACUCCUGGAGGGUUUCGAACCAGGCUGCCUUGUUUGUUUUUUUUCAAAGUUCUAUAACAUAGAACCCAGCUUUGUCUUAGUUCUAGAACAUAGUGAGUCAGUGUUCUAGAGCGUAACCAAGUCUGAGACUUCGAGAAGACAUCUGUGUCACAGCAGCUCUAGAGUGUGCACCCUCCCGGUUUGAGAACGGCCUUUUAAUGUGUGAGGCCGUACACACUGCCUCGUCUCACUCUGUAACACACACACACACACACACAGUUCUGAAACCUGAACAGAACAUUCCAGAGCUGGAUCAGCAGCUCUUCCUCUCAUCCCUCGGUGCUCGACUGCCACCUUUGUUUGCUCAUCUCUCUCUCUGUCGCCCUCUACCUUCCUCGUUCUGUCGGUGCAGCUAAACGUUGACCGCUGCUGCAGCUUUUGCAACACGAUACCCUCACCUUUUUAUUUAUAUAUAUAUUUUUAUAGGUAAUUUAAUAUGAAGAGACUUGACCUUACCGUAGCAACCAGCAGGACGUACAUUCCAUGUCAGUUUCAAAGUUGUGCGAUCACGCUUUUAGAUUUUUUUGACUUGAGAAUCAUGCAUGCAUGUACCCUUAAAAUGUUGAACAAAAAAAUAAUUAUGCCUCGUUUGUAAAUAUUUCUUUUUAUUCAUCAUCAGCCUAAUGCUGGCAGUUGUUUUGUAUUGCGUAUAUGCUGUUUUAUGACUGUUGUAAAAGUCAGCGAUGCUGCAGUACAGUUUGUGUUCUACGGACAGGUUACAUACUGGAUCUGGAUCCCAGAAUACCCUGAAGAUUUUAGAGAUGCAGGUAGAAAAACACUGGAAGUCCUACAAAGCAAUCUUUUCCCUUAAGAGUCGGAGCAAAUUUUAAAAGCCCAUCGUGGUCAUGUGUUGCUAAUGUGGAUUGUUCCGAGAGUAUUUAUAGAAAAGGUUGUUUUUUUUUUUUAGUCAGCACACUGCAGCAGAGUUCACCCACAUGUGUUCAUGUCAGGAAAAACUCCAAGUUAACAAAUGUAGAGUCUAAUCCCCUUGAUGACAUCUGAUUGGCUGGAACUGUAAUGACACAGCGUGAUAGGGCUGCACCAAAUGUCUUUUUGGGGGGUUUUUCGAAGCUUUUGUGGUUUUCGAAUGAAGCUUCAUUGUCAUGUUUUAUAAUGUCGUCACCCCCAAAAAAGCGAUUCAUCAGAUUGAAUAUGUUUUUUUUAUUAAAUCAGCUUUCUUUAAUGAUAUAAUUUGCCAUUUUUGCCAACACAAAAAUAUGUGUAGCCAUUCAAAAAACAAUUUUUUUUUUC